AUUUCUUAAAAUUGUGCUCUAAAGUGAUUAAUAAUAGUGAAUUCAAAAUGGCAGAUACUGUAGCUACGUCUCCUGCAAUCGUUGCGGAAAAAAAACCAAAAAAAGCUGCCGCCGCAAGUGGGUCAAAAAAACCAAAAUCGGCACCAACUCAUCCUCCGACUCAGCAAAUGGUGGAUGCGGCAAUUAAAACAUUGAAAGAUCGCGGUGGUUCUUCCCUUUUGGCAAUCAAAAAAUAUAUUGCUGCUACUUACAAAGUUGAUGUACAAAAACUUGCUCCGUUUAUAAAAAAAUAUUUAAAAGGUGCUGUAAUAAGUGGUAAAUUAGUGCAAACCAAAGGAAAAGGAGCUGCGGGUUCUUUUAAAUUGUCGCCUAGUGCCAACAAGGAACCAAAGGCCAAGUCUGCUGAGAAGAAAAAAUCUGCCGCCAAACCAAAAGCUGCCGCUGCUGGUGACAAAAAAUUAAAAAAAGUGUCUGGUGAAAAGAAAGUAAAAAAAGUAGCCGCCACAACAAAAAAAAGUGCCAGUGCAGAUAAAAAGAAGGUGGAAAAACCAAAAGUGAAAAGUGUUAAAAAAACGAGUGCAGUUAAGGCAAAGCCAACAAAAGCAAAGGCAGCCGCGCCUAAACCUAAAGUGCCAAAAGCAAAAUCAGCCACAGCAGCAGCCAAGCCAAAAAAGGCAGUCGCUGUUAAAAAGGCAAAGAAGUAAAAUUUCCAUUUCAAUGAAAAACAAAGUUGAAAUCAAAACAAAAAUCCACAGUCCUUUUCAGGGCUACAAAAAAUAUACUAAAAUGAGAUAUAAAAACUUUUUUUUUUUAAUUUUUUAUUAAAAAGGAGGGAGAAUUUUUGGACUAUCUCGAUGAUAGCGUUGAGAUGCGAUGGGCUGGUGGAGCAACGGCGACGGGAUAAGUGGUGAAGUGGCUGGAUGCGAUGCGACGCCGCCGCGCGGCCGGCGCGCGCUGUCGCCGCUACGGGACUACCACUACUGAACAAACGGAAACGUAUUUUGUUUUGCAUUUAUUUUCGCGCUUUUUUGUUCUACAGAAAAUACUUUUUUUAAUGAAAUAGGUAUUGCAAAUGCAAACUUCAUUUAUUUGUAUUCAUAUGUUUUUCUCAUUGGGCAGAAAGAAAGGAAAUAUCAAUACAAAUAAAUAAUAUAUUUUUGCGCCUAUUUUCUUACUACAGCUACUAGGCAC